AUGAAACGAGUCUGGGUGCUAGGGCUUCUUUUCGCUCUUUUAGCCUUUGCUGCUGUAAAGGCUGAGGAUGAAGUUGACGUCGAAGGGACAGUAGAUGACGACUUGGGGAAAAGCAGGGAUGGCUCCAGAACCGAUGACGAGGUAGUGCAGAGAGAGGAGGAGGCUAUCCAGCUGGACGGUUUGAAUGCUGCACAGAUUAAGGAACUCAGGGAAAAGUCUGAAAAGCAUGUCUUUCAGGCUGAAGUCAACCGUAUGAUGAAGCUCAUUAUCAACUCUCUCUACAAGAACAAGGAGAUCUUUCUCAGGGAGCUGAUUUCUAAUGCCUCAGAUGCUCUGGAUAAGAUCCGUUUGUUGUCACUGACCAAUGACGAUGCAUUGGCCGCCAACGAAGAACUGACCAUCAAAAUUAAAUCUGAUAAGGAGAAGAACAUGCUCCACAUCACCGAUACUGGUAUUGGUAUGACCAAAGAGGAGCUUGUAAAGAACUUGGGCACCAUUGCCAAAUCGGGCACCAGCGAGUUUCUCAACAAGAUGACGGAGAUGCAGACUGAGGGCCAGUCCACUUCGGAGCUGAUCGGACAGUUUGGUGUGGGUUUCUACUCUGCUUUUCUUGUUGCCGACAAGGUCAUCGUUACAUCCAAGCACAACAAUGGCACUCAGCACAUCUGGGAGUCCGACUCGAAUCAGUUUUCUGUCAUCGAGGAUCCACGCGGGGACACACUGGGCAGAGGAUCCACCAUCACAUUGGUCCUCAAAGAGGAGGCCUCGGACUAUCUUGAGCUGGAGACCAUCAAGAACCUCGUCAGGAAGUAUUCUCAGUUCAUCAACUUCCCCAUCUACGUUUGGGCCAGCAAGACCGAGACUGUUGAGGAGCCCAUUGAAGACGAUGCUGAAGCAGAGGAGCCGGAGAAGGAGGCUUCCGAGGAUGAUGUUGAAGUAGAGGAAGAGGAGGAGGACAAAGACAAGCCAAAGACGAAGAAGGUGGAGAAGACUGUGUGGGACUGGGAGCUGAUGAAUGACAUCAAGCCCAUCUGGCAGAGACCCGCCAAGGAGGUUGAGGAAGAUGAGUACAACGCUUUCUACAAGACCUUCUCAAAGGACAGUGACAAUCCUCUGGCUCACAUCCACUUCACAGCUGAGGGCGAGGUUACCUUCAAAUCCAUCCUUUUCAUUCCGACCUCGGCCCCCCGCGGCCUCUUUGACGAGUACGGCUCCAAGAAGAACGAUUACAUCAAGCUGUUUGUGAGAAGAGUUUUCAUCACUGACGACUUCAACGACAUGAUGCCCAAGUAUCUGAACUUUGUCAAGGGAGUGGUCGACUCCGAUGACCUUCCUCUCAACGUGUCCAGAGAGACUCUGCAGCAGCACAAACUGCUGAAGGUCAUUCGUAAGAAGCUGGUCCGUAAGACUUUGGACAUGAUCAAGAAGAUUGCGGAGGAACAGUACAACGAUAAGUUCUGGAAGGAGUUCGGGACCAACGUUAAGCUGGGAGUCAUUGAGGAUCACUCCAACAGAACCCGCCUGGCCAAGCUGCUGCGCUUCCAGACCUCCAACAGCGAGACGGAGGUGGCCAGCCUGGAGCAGUACGUGGAGCGCAUGAAGGAGAAGCAGGACAAGAUCUACUUCAUGGCAGGCACCAGCAGGAAGGAGGCCGAGUCUUCUCCCUUUGUGGAGAGGCUGCUGAAGAAAGGCUACGAGGUGAUCUACCUGACGGAGCCUGUGGAUGAGUACUGCAUCCAGGCUCUGCCAGAGUUCGACGGAAAGCGCUUCCAGAAUGUGGCAAAGGAAGGCGUCAAAUUUGAAGAGAGCGAUAAGACCAAGGAGAAGAGGGAGGCCCAGGAGAAGGAGUUUGAACCCCUCACCACUUGGCUGAAGGACCAUGCCCUGAAGGACAAGAUCGAGAAGGCAAUUCUCUCCCAAAGGCUGACCAACUCUCCCUGCGCUCUGGUGGCCAGUCAGUACGGUUGGUCAGGAAACAUGGAGAGGAUCAUGAAGGCACAAGCCUACCAGACAGGAAAAGACAUUUCCACAAAUUAUUACGCCAGCCAGAAGAAAACCCUAGAAAUUAACCCCAAACAUCCCCUCGUCAAGCAAAUGCUCAGCCGAGUCAGCGCCGACGCUGACGACCAGACCGCCACAGAUCUGGCCGUGGUCCUGUUCGAGACGGCCACGCUGCGCUCUGGCUACCAGCUGGCCGACACCAAGGCCUAUGGGGAAAGAAUAGAGCGCAUGCUCCGGCUCAGUAUGAACGUCCCCCUGGAAGAACAGGCAAGCACACGCUCACGGCCUCCACAUUUGCAUCAGGGUUUCACCUCCUCCACCAACAUUAACGUUGAGGAAGAACCUGAAGAGGAGCUAGAAGAGCCAGAGGACGCGGCAGAUGACGACGAUUCUGAAGAAAAAGAGGAAAUAGUCGAUGAUGACGAUGACACGUCAAACACAGAGAAGGACGAGCUGUGA